CUUAUAAAUUGCUUCAUCUGAUCCUCCUGCUGCCACUUUGUAAUCUGCCUUUGAGGAUUUGUUUACACGCAGCGACACGAACACGACAAACAUGAGGACCGUCGGGUGGAGUAUUUUGGUUUUAUCGUUUGCCUUUCUUGCUUCAGCUCAAGUACCAAAGACAUGCUCUCCACCGCCCGAAUACCCGCACACCACACUGGACCAGAGAUACAAGAGCAUGCAGAAGUUUGUCAGCGGGGAGAAAGUUUAUUAUAACUGCGCAGAGGACUUCACUCCAGUCAGAGGCAUGCGGGCUGUGCAGUGUGACGACGGAAAAUGGACCAAACUGACUCUAAAAUGCGAAAAGAAAUCGUGUGGCAAUGCCGGGGAUCUGCCCAAUGGUCAGUUUGAGUAUGAAGGGAACUCAUACCUCGGGGAGAAAGUUUAUGCUGUAUGCAAUGAAGGAUACACUGUGAAAGGACUCGACUACAUGAUAUGCAAGAAGACUGGCUGGACGGGUGACUUUCCAUCUUGUGACGAGGGAGUAGCCACCUGUUCCAGGCCUGCCGUGGCCAACUCUGAGAGCAGUGGUGGAGAUGUUUCUGUGUACCAGGUGGGAGACAACCUGACCUUCACCUGCAGUGAGGGUUUCCAGCUGGAUGGAGCUCAGCAGAUCACCUGUGGUUCUGGUGGCCAGUGGCAGCCUCUACCCCCUCGGUGCCUGCCUUCACCUGAUAAAACUCAGGAUCUUGAUAAAGAAACAGGUGGAUGUGGUGUGCCAGUAACCAGCAGCAACUCAAAUGCCCACCUUGCUGACAUGUACAUCACAAAGACAUCUUUUGCUUCUGGUGACACAGUCAAUUACACGUGCGACGUUGGACACAUUCAAGCAGGAGGCAGCAGGUAUCGCAGGUGCAUCAACGGGAAGUGGACAACACUGCGGCUGAAAUGUGAAAGAAAGCCAUGUGGCUCUGCAGGAGAGAUUGCAAAUGGACAGUUCAUGUACUCAGGAGUUGAGUUUGGAGACACUGCUGAAGCUGUGUGUGACGAGGGGCAUCAUCUUGUGGGACGGGCAACCAGAACCUGCACGAGUCGAGGCUGGGAUGGACGUGUUCCUGUCUGUGAAGCUGUGGUGUGUGGGGAGCCUCCAGAAGUGCCAAAUGCAAAGAUAGAAGGCCGUCAAGAGCCACCUUACACAUACAGGAGUGCCAUUCGCUAUCGUUGUAGUGUGGGCUUCCUUAAUGGACCAAGGGAGAUUUGGUGUACAGAGGAUGGGACAUGGAGCGACUCUCCUACUAAAUGCGAAGAAAUAACAUGUCCAUCUCCAAAAGUGCCUGGCGCUAUCUGGGCAGGAGCUCCAAAAAAGCUGUAUCAAUUCAGGGACACCCUUUCAAUCGAGUGUUACCGGGGUUACAGAAGCACUGGCCCGAGCGACGUCACCUGUGGUAAUGAUGGCCGAUGGUAUCCUGGCCUCCCCAGAUGUACACGCAUAUCACCUCGCACCCACUGGAGGGGCUAAUGCACUAGCUGAAGUGUGACACUACAAUAUUCAAGCCAACCUGUGAUCACCAGCAGUCAGUGGAGGAUGGAAAUAAUGGUCUCAAGCAAAGCUACACAAGAUCUUCCUUCUAAAAAGAAAUAAUUCUUUUUAAAAUCCACCUUUAAUAAUGCACUAAUAGCAAUUGUAUUUUCUUAUUUGCUUGUAAAACUUGUAUGAACUCAUUAUACAGACAUUAAAAUAUGUUUGAAAUGAA